UUCUGUACCUGUCCCUGCCUGGCCAAGAGCGGGUUGGGCUCCUCAGCUCAGUGCUGGAAGAUGCUGCUUCUCCUUCUGCUCACAAGCGCUGCUGUCCUGCCCUGGGCUGGGGCUGGAAGGAUCAUUGGUGGAAGGGAAGUCAAGCCCCACUCCAGACCCUACAUGGCUUAUGUAAGAAUUGAAACGGGCUCACAGUCUUACAGCUGUGGAGGGUUCCUGAUUCGCCCAGAUGCMGUGCUCACAGCAGCUCACUGUCUGGAUAAAGAGGGGAUCACRAAUCUCAAGGUGAUUUUGGGAGCCCACAACAUCAGUGGCCAAGAACGGAGCCAGCAGAAGUUCCUUGUUAAACACCGGAUCAUCCAUCCCGAAUAUUCCCGUUGUGACUUCAGAAACGACAUCGCCCUGCUGCAGCUGAAACCAAAGGCCAAGAUCAAGAAAUAUGUGAAAACGAUCCCCUGGGCUGGGAGAAACGAACGUGUGAGAGCAGGAGCUGAAUGUGAAGUGUCYGGCUGGGGCCGGACAUCAAUAACAGGGUGUCGAACUGAUGUGAUGAUGGAGGUGAAACUGAUGGUGCAAAGGGAGGCAGAAUGUCAGCGGCGAUUCCAUGGCUACCAGCAGCAGUCUAUGAUCUGUGUUGGGGAUGAUGGUAAAAAGGGAUCUUACCGUGGUGAUUCUGGUGGCCCUUUAGUCUGCAAUAAGAAGGCUCAUGGCAUCGUCUCUCAUGGACUUGAACGGAGCCUCUGCCCCGUGGUGUUUACCAGAAUCUCCUAUUUUGACCCCUGGAUCCGUGAACAGCUGAGGAGAUUCACGGUCCAAGAGCUGCCUGGCUCUCCAUCCUCUGGCUGAAACGCUCAGUGCCCCUUUCCUGUUGGUGCUCAGAAGCCCCCAGGAGCUGAGCUGGAGUCCYCGUGGCACAGACACAGCAUUUUGAGCUAAGCAAAGUCUCCUUGGCAAGGUAAAAAUGCAGGUCCUAAAUCCACACAAUUCCCCAUUUUCCCCUUUCUCCCACUGCUGCCCAGUGCUGCCUCCUCCUCUGCUUUGUGGCCAUCAAUAAA